AGGAUGCAGGCGGUCAUUGUUAUGAUAUGUCUGUUCCAAGGAUUUGCCCAUUCAAAACAGCUAAUGAGAACAAAGAGAGCUGCCGUUUCAGAAGCCUUUAUGAAUAUCAAUAAACUUAUUAGCCACAAAGGCUACCUGAGCGAGGAGUAUAAAGUGAUGACAGUGGAUGGCUAUAUUCUUAGCUUGAACAGAAUUCCAUCUGGCAGAAAAAAUCAGCUGGAUUCCGGUCUGAAACCUGUAGUGUUUCUCCAGCAUGGUUUACUAGGAGAUGGAAGCAACUGGGUGACCAACUUGGCCCACAACAGUUUGGGCUUCAUCCUCGCAGAUGCUGGAUAUGAUGUUUGGAUUGGAAACAGCAGGGGAAAUACAUGGUCCAGAAGUCACCAAAAUCUGUCUGUAAGCAAAGAUGAAUUUUGGGCCUUCAGCUUUGAUGAGAUGGCAAAGCAUGAUCUUCCAGCUGUCCUCAAUUUUAUUCUACAGAAAACUGGCCAACAACAGUUAUAUUAUGUUGGCUACUCACAAGGUGCUACAAUAGCAUUUGUAGCAUUUUCAACCAUGCCAGAGUUGGCUCAGAAGAUCAAAAUGUUUUUUGCCUUAGGUCCUGUGACUAGAAUUAAGUAUGCCAAAAGUCCUAUAGUAAAACUUCUUAAUCUCCCAGACAGGUUCCUUCAGGCAUGGUUUGGCAAAAGAGAAUUCCUUCCCCAGAAGUGGCUAGUGAGAAAGACCCUUGCUACAUUCUGCAGCCGCCACCUCUUUGCUAGUGUUUGUGGAAACAUCUUUUUCCAUCUCAGCGGGUAUAAUAUGAGAAAUAUAAAUAUGAGCCGAAUAAACAUAUAUGCAGCCCGAUCACCAGCUGGAACAUCAGUACAGAAUAUAUUACAUUGGAGACAGAAUUUUCGCUGUGGAUUAUUCAAGGGUUUUGACUGGGGUGAUGAGAUGAAGAAUAAGAAAAAGCAUAAUCAGUUUACUCCUCCGAUAUAUAAAGUGGGCGAUAUGACAGUUCCAACUGCGGUAUGGACCGGUGGAAAAGAUUUACUUUCAGACCCAAAAGAUAUUGCUAUUUUACUGCCUCAAAUUAAACAUCUUGUUUCCCAUAAAUCCAUUCCAGAAUGGGCACAUCUCGAUUUCAUCUGGGGUCUGGACGCACCCCGGCGCAUGUAUAAUGAAAUAAUUGCUCUGAUGAAGAAACGUACAUAA